AUGGGUGCCUAUCUCAGUCAGCCUAUUACAGACAAGGAGACUUUUAUUGGAGGCAAGGCGGGCUUCCUGGAGUAUGGCGGCUCCUCCAUGCAGGGUUGGCGAAGAACCAUGGAGGAUGCACACAUUGCCACCGUGGAUCUGGGCAACGCUCCUGACGCAGCAAUUUUUGGAGUAUUUGAUGGGCACGGUGGCAGUGAGGUUGCCAAAUUCUGUCAGAAAUACCUUGCUGAGGAGAUAACACGACUCGAAAAAUAUCAUGAGGGCAAUCUGCCGGACUCUUUGGUUGAGGUGUUUCACAAAAUGGACAGCAUGCUUAAGGACUCCGCCUAUGGGGCCGAGCUAGAGGCCCUGCGGCGCAGCACGCACGACGCGCAGCCGCAGCCGGACGACAGCCAAGUCUCCACCUCCGAGGCCCUCGACAUGCUCAGACAAGUGCUGCCCACCUCCUCAUGCUCCCCGCCUCCACGCUUGCUUUCUAUGUUCAACAGCCCACUGCCUGCAAGGUGCAUCAGGGUGCGGUGUGUGCAGGCGGGGUGCACGGCGGUGGUGGCAGUCCUGAAGGGGCAGGAGCUGUGGGUGGCCAACGCGGGCGACAGCCGCGCGGUGCUGUGCCGCGGCGGGCAGGCCCUGGCGCUGAGCGAGGACCACAAGCCCCAGAGCGAGGGUGAGCGCAACCGCAUCACUGCCGCCGGUGGCUUCGUGUCCGACGUGGGCGGCGUCAGCAGGGUAAACGGCAACCUCAACCUGUCAAGAGCCAUUGGAGAUUUGAAGUACAAGGGCAACGACCAGCUGGCGCCCGCAGAGCAGAUCAUCACCGCGCAGCCGGACAUUGUCAAGAUCGAACUGCGGCACGAGGACCGCUUUUUUGUGCUGGCCUGCGACGGCGUGUGGGACGUGAUGAGCAACCAAGAGGUGGUGCAGUUUGUCAGCGUCUGCCUCGACCGCGGCAUGGCACUCCCCGACAUCGCCUCUCAGCUGCUCGACGCCUGCCUUGCCCCCGACCCCCGCGAGACGCGCGGCAUCGGCUGCGACAACAUGACGGCAUGCAUCGUGGUGCUGAACCGAGACGCUCCAGCGGCUGUGCUGCCAAAGCUGGCCCCAGCAGACGGCAACUUUGCGCAGGCGCCCAUGGCGCAGCCGGCGUCCCCCGCGGCCGCGCGUGCCGCCACUCCGACCUUGGAAGCCAGCAAGGCUUGA